AUCCCCCUUGACGACAACGCCCUCCGGCCGGUAUUGACCGAACUCCGUCCCUACUGGCUCUCUGCUCAUGCACACCGCGUUGCCCGGCACAGCUAGAGCCCCCUUUCUGCCUCCUUGGUCCGAGACGGCCUCCAAAGCAAGAAACACCGCCAUGGCCAUGAUUCCGCACGGGCUCCAGCUCCGUCCGGAUCAGCUCACAAGGAGGGGCUCCGCUGUCCUGGCGGCGGCGGCGUGCCUGUCGCUCUACCUGCUCAUCAGGCCAACGCUGUCACCCCGGACCAAGUCGCCCAAGACAGACAUUGUGCGCGUGAGAAGCCGCUCGGGGAUCGAUCCGGCUGAUCCGGAGAAGCCGGCGCCGUAUCCCCCGGAUCUGUUCCCGGGCGGGAGAGACGUCGAGACGGUGUACGGCACCGUCCGGGUGUUUGAGUGGGGGCCCGAGGACGGCGACAAGGUGCUUCUGGUGCAUGGCAUCGGCACGCCGUGCAUUGCGCUGGGCAGCAUGGCCCGGGAGCUUGUGCGGAAGGGGUACAGGGUGAUGCUCUUUGAUCUUUUCGGGAGAGGCUACUCUGACGGCCCGUCCAACGUGGCUUACGACGAGUGUCUUUACACCACUCAGAUUCUCCUCGUCCUGGCAUCUUCGUCGUUGCCCUGGACCGGCGCGUCUUCCUUCCACCUUGUUGGCUACUCGCUAGGGGGUGCCCUCGCCGCCGCCUUUGCAGCAUACCACUCUCACAUGCUGCGCUCUCUCACCGUCGUCUGCCCGGGGGGGCUCGUGCGCGAGUCGCACCUCGGCUGGAGGAGCCGCCUCAUGUACUCUCAUAACCUGCUGCCCGAGUGGCUCCUCCGGCGCUGGGUGCGGUCACGCAUCGAGCCGCAGCACGGACAGAGCGCGGACGUGCCCAAUGGCGGCGGCGACGGCGAAGACGAAGGGGGCCAGGCAGACGUCAACUUUGACGACGUCCCAAUCUCCGUCGAUAGGAGCAGUAACGUCGUCGUCCGGGUCGGGGACGUGGUGCGCUGGCAGCUGGAUGCCAACCCGGCCUUUGUCGACGCAUACAUGAGCACCAUUCGCUACGCGCCCAUCUACGGGCAGCACGACAAGGUGUGGGCCGUCUUGGGUGAGACGCUCGCCGCGAACAGGGAGCUCGGCCAGGGCUUGCAGCGGGUGUGCGUUGUGCUGGGCGAUCGGGACACGCUCGUUGUCAAGGACGAGUGGAUCGAGGACACGAGGGCGGUUCUGGGCGAGGAUGGCGUGGAUGUGCGUGUGCUUCCCGGGGGUCACGAGAUUGCCAUUUCAAAGGGCAAGGAGGUUGCCAAUGUUGCCAAUGUUGCCAUUUCAUCGUGGAAGAGCUGCCGGCUGGGUGGUGGGAAAGCGUCAAAGAGCAGAGGGAGUGAGAGCGCAAGUGAGAGCGGGAGUGGGAGUGGCAGUGGGACGAGGUCUAAGAGGAAUAGAUAUAGAAACUAG